GCACCGCAUCCCGCUCAGCCAAUCAGAACAAUUGUCGCUGCGGUGCUCGGCGGUGCGGCUGAAGGAUAAUUCUGACAGAAAUCAGAACCCACACUUCUCCUCCUCCUCCUCGUCUUCGUCAUGGCCUCUGGAGCGUUGUUCCCCAGCCUGGUGUCCGGGUCCCGCGGCUCCUCCAGUAAAUACCUGGUGGAGUUUCGUGCGGGGAAGAUGACGAUGAAGGGCAGCACGGUGACUCCGGACAAGCGUAAAGGUCAAGUGUACAUCCAGCAGACGGACGACUCGCUCAUCCACUUCUGCUGGAAGGACCGGACCACCGGGAACGUGGACGACGACCUGAUCAUCUUCCCUGACGACUGCGAGUUCAAACGGGUGAACCAGUGCACCACCGGACGGGUUUAUGUGCUCAAGUUCAAAGCCGGAUCCAAAAGACUUUUCUUCUGGAUGCAGGAGCCGAAGACCGAUAAGGACGAGGAGUACUGCCGUAAGGUCAACGAGUACCUGAACAACCCGCCGAUGCCCGGCGCGCUCGGCAGCGGCGGCAGUGGAGGUCACGACCUGUCGGCGCUGGGCGGUGAGGGCGGGCUGCAAAGCCUUCUGGGAAAUAUGAGCCACAACCAGCUGAUGCAGCUCAUCGGGCCGACCGGCCUGGGCGGGAUCGGGGGUCUCGGCGCGCUGGCCGGUCCGGGUUUAGCCAACCUGCUGGGCAGCAGCAGCAGCAGCAGCAGCAGCAGCAGCGUCCCUGCAGCCAGCAACUCGUCCACCAGUCCGUCCACGGCCGUCACCCCGACCUCCACCUCCGCCGCCAGCCGGCUGGGCUCCUCGCAGGUGCCCACCACCCCCAUCACUCCCUCCGCCACCUCCGCGGCCUCCCCCACCGCCACCACCCCCUCCACCCCGGUGGUGUCCUCCAUGGCGGCGGGCGCGGCCAACCCCACGCAGCCCAUCCAGCUGAGGGACCUGCAGAGCAUCCUGGCCACCAUGAACGUCCCCGCCAGCGGACAGGGAGUGGACCUCGCCAGCGUGCUGACCCCGGAGGUCAUGGCGCCCAUCCUGGCCAACCCCGAGGUGCAGCAGCGGCUGACGCCCUACCUGCCGUCCGGAGAGUCGCUGCCUCAGAGCUCGGACGAGCUGCACAACACGCUCAGCUCGCCGCAGUUCCAGCAGGCCAUGAGCAUGUUCAGCAGCGCCCUGGCGUCGGGGCAGCUGGGGCCUCUAAUGAACCAGUUCGGUUUGCCUGCGGAGGCGGUCGACGCCGCCAACAAGGGAGACGUGGAGGCUUUUGCCAAAGCCAUGGAGACGGAGACCAAGUCGGACCAGGACGGCGACUCCAAGGACAAAAAGGACGACGACGAAGACAUGAGUCUGGACUAAAACUUAACGGCACUAUUUAUUUAUUCAGCCGCUUCUGCUGUGUUUCGUUGUCACCAGCUAGAAAAGAGAGAGAUUCAAACACACACGGCGACUCUCAGCUGAUUUAACCGAGUGUGUGUUCUGUGACCUGCAUGUCGGCUUCCUGUCUCUGAAGAAAAGAGCA